AUGGUGGUAAAUGUGGUGGUGUACUCUGUGCAUCCGGAACAUUUCGAAAUAACAGAAGUCAGAGUAGUCAAAGCACCAUCAGAUUUGGUUGUGACGCCAACAACACCAGUGAAAGUUCCGAUCCCUCCAGUUGAGUCUGCAGAGGUGAAAGUGGUAGUGUAUUCGGUGCAUCCAGAGCAUUCAGAGUCAGAAAUGACAGACGUCAGGGUGGUCAAAACGCCAUCAGAGUUUGUGGUGAUACCAACAACACCUGUGAAGGUAGCAAGAGAGUUAUCUGAGUUGAGAGAAGUGAAUGUUGUAGUGUGCUCUGUACAUCCAGAACAUUUGGAUGAUGGAGAAAGAAGAGAAGUCCUGGUAGUCAAGGCACCGUCUGAAUUUGUAGUGACCUCGACUUCACCAGUGAAAGUGGCAGUUCCGCCUGUAGAGUCUGCAGAAGUAAGAGUUGUUGUGUACUGA